AGAGCCUACACACUUAUUGUUGAACUUUGGGACAAAGAUAAAGACGGACCUGAUGAUCUCAUAGAAAGAACAGUGCACACCGGCAUGAUCCUGCCAGGGCAAGACUGGCACACCAUCAGCCACACCGGCAUCACGGCCAGCACCACCUUUCGCCUAAGAGUCAGGUGUCAUGAACACUACUACAACACCACCUGUACCAAACUGUGCAGACCUCGAGAUGAUAAUUUUGGACACUUUACAUGUGAUACUCAGGGAGAUAAAAUCUGCUUGCACGGGUGGAUGGGUCGGGAAUGCGACAUCGCCAACUGUCGACAAGGCUGCCAUGCAAUAUACGGAUCCUGUAACAGGCCAGGAGAAUGCAACUGUGCUUACGGCUGGCAAGGGCCGUUGUGUGAUCAAUGUAUCCCCUACCCCGGAUGUAAACACGGCUCCUGUAACGGCUCUCCCUGGCAGUGUAUCUGCCAUCUCAACUGGGGAGGCAUUCUCUGCGAUAAAGAUUUAAAUUAUUGUGGGCGCCAUCAUCCGUGCAAGAAUGGCGGUCUAUGUCGCAACACGGCGCCAGACAACUACGACUGUUCCUGCCAGAUGGGCUUCUCUGGUAGUAACUGUGAGAUUGCUGAGAGAGCUUGUUUCUCACAGCCAUGUCGCAAUGGAGGUUCCUGUGUAGAUGUGGUCAGUGGUUUUGUCUGCAACUGUCCUUCAGGCUGGACUGGAGAAACCUGUGACAUUGAUAUAGAUGAGUGUAUGUCAAGUCCAUGCUUAAAUGGAGGGAAGUGUAUCGACAAAGACAGUGGAUAUAACUGUGAAUGUGCAGAAGGCUGGCAGGGUCCUCACUGUCAACUAGAUGCUGAUGAGUGUCAUGGAAGUCCUUGUGUCAAUGCCUUGGCCUGCAGAAAUAUCCGUGGCAGCUUUAUCUGUGACUGUCAGCCAGGGUGGACCGGAAAGAGGUGUGAUGUCAACAUUGAUGACUGUAUUGAUGUUGAGUGUGCAAAUCAAGCAUUUUGUGUGGAUCUGAUUGGAGACUAUUAUUGUGCUUGCCUGCCAGGCUACACAGGCCGGCACUGUCUUGAGGAAAUAGAUGAGUGUGCAAGUCAUCCGUGUCAGAAUGGAGCCAUAUGUCAUGACAAACUGGCAGCUUAUCAGUGCGAGUGUCCAAAUGGUUACACAGGGUUGUUUUGCCAGACUGAUGCAGAUCCCUGCACCCCAAAUCCAUGCAAACAUGAGUCAACGUGCUUCAACAUACAAGGAGAUUUUUAUUGUCACUGUAACGAAGGUUGGGAGGGGAAAGACUGUUCACAUCAGAGACACCACUGUGACUCGGCUUCUUGUGAAGUGAUUGAUAGCUGUACUGUCUCGAUCCCAUCCAAUGUGUCGAUUGGUGGAUUUCGCCUGAUCUCAUCUGGUGUUUGUGGGAAACAUGGAAUGUGCAUCAGCCAACCUAAUGGAGCAUUCUCCUGCGCUUGUGUUCCUGGUUAUAUGGGGACAUACUGUCAUCAAAAUAUAGAUGACUGUGCCAGUAACCCAUGUCAGAAUUCUGGAACCUGUAUCGAUGGGGUCAAUUCUUAUCAGUGCAUUUGUGCAGAUGGCUGGGAGGGUGCCUUGUGCAAUCUGAAUAAAAAUGACUGUGAAAUGAAUCCUUGUAGGAAUGGAGGAGAGUGUAUUGACCUCAUUGCUGAGUUUCAGUGCAAAUGUGUUGAUGGCUGGAAAGGCAAAACCUGUUCCAUAAAAAACAGCCACUGUGAAACCAUGACCUGUCUGAAUGGUGGGACAUGUGUUGAUCUUGGGGAUACAUUUUCCUGCAGGUGUAUGGAUGGCUGGAAAGGAACAUUCUGUCAGUCUCCCACUCAGAAGCCAUGUGAUUCAUCACCAUGUCAGAAACGAGGUACUUGUGUGAACAGUGGGGACAGCUUCACCUGCAUUUGUGAUGACGGGUUUGAAGGACCCACUUGUGGUAUCAACAUUAACAAUUGUAACCCAUUUCCCUGCUACAAUGGUGGGACAUGCAUGGAUGGUGAUAACUGGUAUGUCUGUGAUUGUGCUCAAGGCUUCUCAGGACCAGACUGCAGAAUUAACAUCAAUGAAUGUGCUUCUAAUCCGUGCACAUAUGGCAGCACUUGCAUAGACGGCAUUGCUUCCUUUCGAUGUAUAUGUCCUCCAGGAAGAACAGGGUCACUGUGUGAGGCAGUAAUUGGUCAGCUGCCAACACCAAAAUCAUGCGAACAUGGCCGUCGCAUAUUCUCAGAUGGAACAACCUGGGAACAUGACUGCAAUGCGUGUAGGUGUGACAAUGGAGAAGUCAAGUGCUCAAAGAUGUGGUGUGGUCCAAAGAAUUGUUUUACUCACCCAAAUAUUACUACGCCAGUCUUCCAGUGUGAGAAUCACCAAACUUGUGUGGUACAGACUCACAUAACAUGCCUGACUCCGCCCUGUUUACCUUUUGGGGAGUGCCGGGAUAUUGAGACUGUCAAAGACAUACCGAACCCAGGCUCCGAGUGGACAUGCAUUCCAAAUCACGCUCAUCUAGGCAUCAACUGUGCCAAAAUCAUACUUAUUUUUGAUAAAUCAAAAAUGCCAUUGGGUAUCACUGUAGAAAGUAUCUGUAACAGUCUAAGGCAGCUUCCACAGUUAAAAGGGAUGGUGAAUGAAGAGAUUCUGUAUGUCAUGUGUGCAAUCAAACCACAGGAGCAUGACACAAUAGAAAUUACUCUAUCAGCCAAAUUUGAUGGAAGAUCAGGCAAAGCAAAAAAUACAGUCAACCAAGCUCUUGAUAAAAUGGCCAACAUUUUAUCACACAAGCAGGCCAACAGUACUGCUCUGGCAGCAGUCAUCGAGAUCAGGCUGGAAACAGCAAUAAGUGAAGAGGAAGAUGAAGAGUCCACCUACCUUGUUCCAGUUCUGUGUUCAGUAAUCACGAUUCUAGGAGUCACAUGUGUGGUUCUGCUCAUCGUUUGGCAUCGCCGUGUCCAAAGAAGGAGAAGAAACCUUCGGGAGGAGUACCUUGCCAGCACACAAACAGCUGCUAAUAAUGAAAAUCAAGACAAUAUCCGCAGAUAUCGCAAUCCGCUCUUCUCAUCCAGUGAUAAGAGGGGUAUUCCAAAACCUGUUCCGACAGAGGAGUUGCAUGACAUUGAUAUGGAAAAAUAUGAUAAGAAUCCCAGACGCUAUCUGGCACAUGCUGACUCCUCUCCUGAUCUGAAUGAUAUCCAAGAAUACAGGCCUCAGCCAAAGAAAAACAACAAGAAGGACAUCAACAUUCAGCUUUCCAGGUCACUUCUUGAUGAGCCAGAGGUUAUUGUAUAG